UCAUCAGAACGAGCGAGCAGAAUCUGACUGAAUGUAGAGAGCUCAGUUAUCUGUGUGGCUCCACAUCGCACGGCGUUUCCUUCAUCACCUCCGAUGGCAGCUGUGUUUUGUCUAAAAAUCAUUAUUUUGAUGGCACUGCUGUUUGCUGAUGGUCAGUCUGCUCGGUUAUACACAGAAGAGGAUCCAGUGGUCAUCCUGACCAGCGAUACUCUGAAGCCGUCCGUGUUCAACUCGUCCACCGCCUGGAUCGUUCAGUUCUACUCGUCCUGGUGUGGACACUGUAUCCAGUACUCACCUACAUGGAAAGCACUGGCAGACGACGUGAAGGACUGGGCAAAGGUCAUUCGUAUUGGAGUUGUGGACUGUGCUCAUGAGAAGAACUUCGACAUAUGUAAGGAGUUCGGAAUCCACUUCUACCCCACAUUCAGGUAUUUCAAGGCACAUGACACCACAAAUGAUUUUGGGAAGACCUAUCAAGGAGCUGGCAGAGAUCUGCAGACAGUGAGGCAGCUGAUUGUGAACUUCCUCCAAAACCACACAAGACAAGACUUGCCUGUUAGCUGCCCUCCGCUGGACCCUGCCAGGGCUGAGAACAUCCUGUCCUUAAUUGGGAAGAAAACGGAGCACUACACUGCCGUUAUAGUUGAGGAAAGAGACUCCUAUGUAGGCAGAGAGGUAAUUUUGGACCUAAUGCUAUAUGAGGGUUUGACAGUGAAGAGAGCGCUGAGCUCAGACAAGCUUUUAAUGGAGAAACUAGGGAUUAGUUCAGUUCCAUCAGUGUACCUCUUCCACCGCAACGGCACACACAGUGUCAUGAAUGUUCAGAAGAGGCUGCGCUUCUUCUUCUCUUCCUUUCUGAAACUCCUCCCCGGAGUGCACAGGAGACAGUUCACCUCGUCCCUGCAGCGUCCUCAGCCUGGGAGUAAUAGACAGGGAAACCAGGUGGAGUGGAAGGACUUUAAAAAGUCUAUGGUAUACAUGGCUGAUCUGGAGUCUGGUUUACAUUAUCUAUUGAGGGUUGAACUCGCCACUCACAAGACCUUAGAAGGAGAAGAACUAAAAACGUUCAAGGACCUUGUAACGGUUGUCGCCAAGCUAUUUCCAGGUCGCCAAUCAGUGGUUAAACUUCUUGAGACUUUACUAGAGUGGCUAGUCAGUUUACCUUUGAAGAAGAUCCCCUAUGAUGCUAUCCUGGACCUAGUCAACAACAAGAUGAGGAUCUCAGGGCUGUACCUGAGUGAGCAAGUGCAGUGGGUUGGAUGCCAGGGUAGUAGUGUGGCACUUAGAGGAUAUCCCUGCUCCCUCUGGACUCUGUUUCACGUUCUGACUGUCCAGGCUGCCAACCGACCUGAUAUUCUAGCCAACACAGGGUUUGAAGAUGAUCCUUUGGCAGUACUUCAAACUAUGCGCCGUUACAUUGGAACUUUCUUUGGUUGCCAGGAGUGCGGAAAACACUUUGAAGAGAUGGCACAGGAGUCUCUGAACCAGGUCAAAUCAGUGGAUGAGGCAGUACUAUGGCUGUGGAGAAAGCACAAUCAGGUUAACACAAGACUGUCAGGGUCAAUGAGUGAGGACCCCCUGUUUCCUAAGAUUCAAUGGCCUGCUCCUGAUCUCUGUCCGACAUGCCAUGAGGAGCAAGAAGGCCUUCAUGUCUGGAAUGAACAGAUGGUACUUGCUUUCCUCAAACAGCACUAUGGUGCUUCAAACAUCUCCCCAAAAUACACCAGUAGCAGCCAAGCAGAGCCAGGCCCUCCGGCCCUGGAUAAACUCAAAGCUGUUACCAAAUCUGACAGCAAAAUUCAUCUUAACCAGAAUAUAAAGCCAUCUGAGAGGGUUCCUAAACAUCUCAAGAGAAUUGAUACUGAUGGUGAGAAAGGGACAGGUGUCCAGAGAGAAACCAGGCCAGGCAUGACAUUUCUGGGUCUGGGGUUCUCCAGUGUGGAUAUGAGUCUUUGCGUGCUGCUGUACGCUCUCUCCUGCAUGUUUCUCAUGGUUAUGUUCUUCAUCUUUCACGUUCGAUCAAAGAGGUGGAAGGCCAGAAGCAUCAGGCCAUACAUAUAGCAACACUAAGAAAGAAAUCUCUUCAGGAUAAGGUGAAUGUAAUAUAUGAAACCCCUGCCAAGUGUUGAAGGAGACUGAUUUUAAUUUAUUUGAUGACUUUUAUUUGUUCUGUUGUGUUUGUGUUGUUUCUUUCAAGCAAUUUGUAAUGAAGAGCUUGUCUAAGUACUGAUGAAUGUUUGGCUUGUUUAUCAGGCAUAUUUCUCAAUCUUAAACAAACAGAUAGGGUGGUUUUACAUGAGAAACUAUUUUAUUAUUCUAAAACUAAAGUGAGAAAGCUAGGUCAGAAGUAUAUUUUUAUGGAAUAUUCUGCAUUAAUUUUUUCUCUGUGAAAGUCACUCUGUUCCCAUAUUUCUAUUUGAUGGUAAAACAACAACAACAAAAAACACUUGGGAAUAUAAUUUAUCCUGUCGUUCCAGGUCACUAGCUGAGAAGCCAGUGACACGUAACACACCGCCUUGUCAAUGACCAGAUGUGAAAAAACCCUCAGAUUUGAUUCAGUCACCAUUCAUUGAAAUCUACUUUGUAGGUUGCUUGAACAUGUUUUCUUUGUCCACAUGUGAAGUCACAAAAAGCUACAGUGACACCUUAUUUUAGAAUUCCUGUGAAAUCUUUGAUGGAUCUGAAUAUAAGUAAAUAAUUGUUUUAAUAAGAAAAGAAACUUGUUUUAUAUUCUUUUUAAAUCUUAUUAUUAAAGGAUUAGUUUGCCCCAAAAUGAAAAAUCUGUUCAUUUACACACCUUUAUGUUGUUCCAUACUCCUAUGACUUUCUUUCCUCUCUGGAACUCAAAAGGAGAUGUUAAGCAGAAUGACCAUCUCAAUCACAAUUCGCUUUUAUUGUAUGGAAAAAAGCUGCAAUGAAAGUGAUGACUGAGACUAAUAUUCUAAGUAACAUUUUGUGUUCCAAGACAUUUCGAAAAUCAAAGGGUUUGGGAACAACAUGAGGGUGAAUAAAUUAUGACAUUUAUUUUGGUUGAAUGAGCCAUUUAAGCAUCAUAAGAGGUUGUAUAAAUUUCUGCUGCAAUGCAUUUAUAAUGACAACAUUGAUCUCUUCAUACAAAAACAUGUUUAGCCCAGUUUAUAAAACAUUUCUCAUAAAUAGCAUGACAGUUUGGUACUCAAUUAUACUGAGCACACUUUGGUGACUUAAAACUGUCUUUUUUUACUAGUUUAUUCAUAAUCUCAAUUGAAUAGGUUAAAAUAGCUGUCUUUUCCUGUGAAUUUCAGAGACACUUUUAAACUGGAUAAUGCUUUUAUUGUAUGUAUAUAUAUAUAUAUAUAUAUAUAUAUAUACUAUAU